AUGUCGGGCCCUUCGUCAAGUGACCAAGCGCCAUCGUUGCAUUGGUCCGUAGUCGGUUGUGAAGGUUCCCACUGCUUUUACCGAUCCAAUUGUUUCAGCGUCGAGACUCCAGAGAGGCUUUAUUCCCCCACACUUCCUAGACUUCGCGUUGGGAGAUUCAACUCUCCACAUCUGACGAAGAUCACAGACUGCAUCACGAUAGACAAUGAGCCUGUCGACGACGAGACCUACCACGGGAUUCGCACUCGGAUCGAAACGCUAUCUCGAGACUCCGGGGCCUCCUUGACACCUUUUGAAGUCUUGACUUUGACCGCGCUUCAAAUUUUUGAAUCAAGUCGAGUAGAUGUGGCUGUCAUCGAAGUGGGGAUGGGGGGACGCCUGGACGCCACGAACAUAAUCCCAACCGAAUACAUCCUUGUCUCCGCUCUCACAACGGUAGAUCUCGACCAUCAGCAAUUCCUUGGUUCUACCAUCGAGGAUGUCGCCCGAGAAAAACUGGGAAUCGCUCGCCAAGGAAAACCUUUGGUUCUGGGACACCAGCGACACCCCAGCGUCGAGCUUCUUGCGAAAGAGGUUCUCCACUCCGUUGGAGCGAUGCUAGAACGACCCGUUCCUGUGUCCGAGCUUCACUUCGACGCUAACGUGGCUAUCUCUCUUCGAACGAACGCUGUAAAAACUAUACCUUCCCGCCAUGUCGAAUUCACCCUUCCUGCCCUCGGAUCCGGAUCGAUGUCAGCACCGUUCCCUCUUUCGGGCGAUCACCAACUCUCGAAUCUUUCCACAGCACUAGGAAUAGUCGACAGUCUAAUCCGAUCCGCACAAUUUCAGAUCUCCGCCGACGCAGUCACCAAAGGCAUCUCCCAUAUUCAGUGGAAAGGUCGCUUGAGUUGGCAUACGUUAAACCUCGACACCCAAGGGUCUUUGAAUCACCCGAUCCUCGUUGACGGUGCGCAUAACGCAGGCUCGAGCCAGGCACUCGCAAAGUACAUCAAUCAGACUAUCUCGACAUUCCAACUCAACAACGUCCACCUCCACUACAUCCUCGCCUUAUCGCAUUCCCCAACCAAACCUCCUUCUGAAACCCUCUCUCCAAUCCUCAUGAACCUACCCUCUGCCAUUUCCGCAGUGAACGUGGCCACAGUCGAAUUCACCCCUCCAGACCAAAUGCCAUGGGUCCAACCCGUACCUGCACAGGAUGUUGAAGAGGCAGUGAAGGUAUUGGCACCGCUCGCCCGAGUAUGGAGUUCAGGGAACGGAAGCAUCCAGGGUAGCGUAAACACAGGCUUGACCUCAGCAUUCAGCUGGGUGGCGUCAAACAUCCGAGAUGCCGACCUUGUGGCAACCCCUCCUCCCAAUCGACCUCACCACCUUGUAGCCCUGGCGGGGAGCUUAUACCUAGUGGCAGACUUUUAUCGGGUGCUGGAAGGGGAGGGAGGGCUAGCAGGGCUUUUGUAA